AAAAAGCUGUUCCACCGUUGGCGACUGUCGCGCGCACGAGAUCGCUCCUACCGCCGCGCUGUAACGCGUGUCGACCGCAAGCCACGACAGUUUUCCGCUCGACGCCGUCGCGACCGCAUUCUCCCGGUGCAUCAGUAUACAGUACGCGCGUGUUCCGCAUUCGAUUUACAACCACAGCGACAACCCUUCAAAAUAUCACAUCGCGGGCGACGACUACAGACGCAUAAUAUCUAACGGCAUACUGCAGGUGUCCGGGUGCAGUGCGUUACGGGGGAAAAAAAAAAAGAAAGUUAAACAUCUGCCGCUCCGAAAGACCGCGUGCUAGCAUCGCCGUUGCUGUUCGCAUAUCGUACAUGACACCACAUCAGACAAGAACGUAGAACAAUGUACAGCAGACAAAAUCAAAAUCAAGGCGAAGCCAGACUUGAACUGUUACUGGACGACUUGCAAUCCACUCUUCCGCGUAAAAACCAUGGACUUAGUAACACAUCAUCAACCGGGUACAGAGAAGUCACAAAAAGCACAUCAAGGACGAUUGGUAACGGUCAGACAGAAACUAACAAGGAAUAUGAAAUCCAAUAUCUCAAUCCAGCCAACAAAUCUACAGUACUCAGUGAAAGAUUACCUGAUCUUCAAUCAGUUGACUUGCUGCGACAGACCAACGGUGGAAAAAAUUCCGGUUACGAAACGGUUUCGUCAUACCAAUAUAAUAAAUCGACAGAAAGCAAAAGUACAGUUCCCAGACAAGAAACGAACGGUGUUAACAUGAGACAAAGUAUUUCUGAACUCGAUUCAUUGUUAGACGAUUUGAAUCAUGCUCAAAAAGUUGGAUUUUCAAACUCCGGAAUUAGUAGACAUGAAAUAACAACUAAUGAAUCCAACAUUGAACCAUUAAGAAGCAGUACGCCAUAUAAACAACAAUAUAGUAAACAUGAAGAACAUAGGUAUGGAAGCCUUAACCGAUCAAAAAUACCAGGGACUAGUGAAGUCAUUUCCACCUAUGAAACAACGACAACCAAUGGAGAACCUUUAGAUUUAGAUUUGGUAGAUACUCCGCGUAGUUAUACCAAGUUGCUUCAAAACCAAUCUCCAGGAACUUAUCAGACAUCAGUAUAUUCAAAAGAAACUACAAAAAAAAUAAUACCGGGUACCACGACUUAUUCGACAUAUCAAAAAUUCGGUUCACCUACAACAGAUCCAGGGCAAUCUAAAGUAUACAAUUAUUCAGAAGAGUAUCGUACCGAUAGUAGGAAUCGUUCAAUGAGAGAUUUGCCACCGUCUCCUCGUCCUCAUAGAUCUUCGUCUCCUCGUUCUCCAUCCCCUCACCGUUCACCGUCACCCAUGUCAUUUCCUCAACCACCAGAACCUAGAAAUUACUCGAGUAGCCAUACUUAUACAAGUAGGACGACGUCACCUCAGCCGGUCCAGAAGUUUAGUCCAUCCGAUCCAAGCAGAAUCAACGAAGAGGUGACCUGGGUCGCUCAUGCCACGCCCCCUGUAACCCGUCGUUUCCCUGUGAGCGUGGAUAAUAAUUUAACUUCACCGUCUGGCCAGACAGUUUAUUCGUAUAAAUAUUCAAGCGAGACCAGAGAGAAUACUAAAUAUGGACAACCAAAUGGAUAUACAAAACCUGUACAUCAAGAACAGUUGCCACUACGCUAUUCACCAUUCCCAAGAGACGAAGCUGACACUCCUGGGCUCCAAAAUCCACCUAAACGGUUGGACGAUUUGAUGGCAUCGUUUGGUGACAGAACAGAUUACACGAACUACCACAGUAAUAGAGAAUACCACUCAAAUGUCAAGGAUUAUCAGUCUAAGUCUAGAGAAUACGAACAUGACAAGGCUGCUGAAUAUACGAUUCCGAUUAAAAAACCACAACCCGAUAAUCAAGCUCCUGAAAAUAAAGGUCCCGAGAAAUUGACGGAAGUUAAAGAAACUGAAGUGACUCAGUCGGUCGCCGGGCCACCAGUUUUUUAUCCCCCUGGAUCAACAACGUUUGCGAAGAAGGAAGAAGUAAUGCAACAGCAAGGUCAAUUUGGUCAAGGACAAAUGAAAGCCAAGGCCAAAGGAAUGUAUAAGUAUAAAAGCAAGAGCAAAUCAAAAGAAAAACAAAGUUCUGGAGCAACAAUGGUACCGGUAUGUUUACCAAUGUGCUGUGCCAUGCCAUGUGUUAUCAUGUAACCUACAAGACAUUACCUAAAUAUAUAACUUUACUAAUUUAUAAUUAUUUACUUGACACAAAUAAUAAAAAAACUGUCUCAUGGGUGGCCUAUUAAGCUUAGUAUCCUAAAGAGAAAAUUAAAUAAGUAGGUAUACAUGUUAUUUUAUUUAAAUUGGAAACAUUUUUAACUCAAAAGAAAUAUUUAAACAAAUACAUCAUAGGUGUACCACGUGCAAAGAAUUUUUCAAAGAAGAUACCAAUAAGUUAAGUUUUUAAACUGAUUUAUAACAAGGUUUAUUAACAGUAUACCUAACUAAAGAGUAAAGAUAACAAGCUGAUUUUG